AUGAUGUACCAAGUGAUAGUGUUGUUUAACGGUUAUUCGAAACAAUUAAAAGACGGCAAAUCAGAAGCUAAUUGCUCGUGUACCUUGAUAAAAGGUCAAGAGAUAAAUAUUAUUGUUGACACCAUGACUGCGUGGGACCGUGAUAAAAUUUUGACAGCACUAAGAAGUCAUAAUGUUAAACCUGAAGAAAUAAAUUAUGUUGUGUGUACUCAUAGUCAUGCUGAUCAUAUCGGUAAUAACAAUUUAUUUACACACGCUCAGCAACAUAUUGUAGGUUACUGUAUUCAUAGAGAAAAUUUAUUUGAUGAAUUACAAUUGAGUACCAAAGAAGCGGACAUCGCUGAUCCAGAAAUAUGGAAGUCGGUAGGCAAAAAAGAACUGGAGAAAAUCCAGGCUAAAAAUCGCCUGAUGAUUAUCAAGUCCGCUGAUUAUAUAGUACCUGGGCAUGGACCUAUGUUUAAAGUAACUGAAGACAUGAUAAGACAAUUAGAAUCACAG